CCCAACUGCAUUCGUGCCUGCCACUGCUGUGUCCUGUGUCCUGAGUCUUGCCUGUGCCUGCCUUUGGUCCUCCAAGAUGCUCAGGUCUACUUUACUUCGUACUCGCCGCCUUUUGAUUACAUCACUCUGCGCUGCCAAUAUAUUCUGGGCAGCAACGGUGAGCAACGGCGACAAGUCAUGGUUACACACGCUUCCACUUCUUCGCGCGACCAACGGCUGGUCUCUUUCUUGUGUUUUGAGGGGUGCUUCUACUAUUUCCUCUCCAUUUUCUUUUCUUUAUUCCCCUCUCUUUCGGAUUACCUUGCAUCGUCUCCCGGUGUGCGUGAACCACUAUCGCCAGGAAACCAGUCGCGGUACCGGCCUUGGAUAAGACCAUUGAGCAGAAGAAGACCGUGACUGGUUGAACCGCGCGCAAUAAGGUUACGUCCCCAGACUCGUCUCGUUCCAGCCACGUCAAGCUGCACAUACUAUCGGUGUAGCUCCGUCCUCGACUCAACCACUACUUCCACCACCAC